AGAUCACAGAACCAGGACUCCAGUGGACAUUUUGCCUGCCCAUUGCACAUGUAAAAUUGAUUUUUGAUCCCGGGAGAGGGGAUCUCUCAUGCAGAAUAGGCAUAGAGUUGGAAUGCUUUCGCAGACUUGGUCAAGCUUUCUAAGGAUUGCGGACCUUGUUCUGGACUGAAAGACUUGUGCAUUGUUCUACCCUACCCAGGCAUAUUUGUAAUUGCUAUCACACCUCGCUUGCCGGUGAGCACUUUCCUAUGUAGAGGAACGGGGCAAGCUUCUUUUACCGUCGACAGACGGCGAGUCACCAUGCUUUCUGAUUUAUUGGCCAAGAAAUUUUCUACGUGCCUCUGGGAAAACCUGAAUUCGAGAGGACAAGGACGAUCACAUCGAGGUACGGGAAUAGACUAACUCACCGCCUAGAAGAAUAUUGGUCACCAGUGUCGACGGCAUGGUCGUCCUGCGUGCGUGAACGUGUCGACGGCCGGUCGUCAAGGGAGCUAGCGCGUCGGUAGAGGCACCAGACACGUAGUUGCACGGGGCAAAAUAAAGGAACAAACCAUAGCCACGCUUUUUGGAAACUCCUCGUGAUGGAUUGGCAAUUUUCCGUACAGCAAGGCCUGCGGUGCACGGUGAUCUUGCAAGUUAAUCACACUCGAGCCUACCAGGACCGCAGCCCCGCAACGUCGCAAGCCAGCGGCUUUUUCAUUUACCGCCUCGAAGAAGAAGGUCUUGGAGUGUUGCUUACAAAUCGGCAUAGUGCGACCUUGGGUCCGUGUACGAUUUACGCCAGUUUUGAGAAGCACGAGCAAGUGAAGUGCGACGUGCUCUACUCUGACCCGUUGCACGACUUUGCAUUCUACGUCUUUGAUCUGCAGCAGUUACGUCGCACGAAAUUGGGGCGGCCGUUACCGCUUAAUGCCGCUGGUUUGCAGGUUGGUGUCGACGUGAAGAUUGUGGGCAAUGAUGACGAAGAACGAAACCAGAUCUUGAGCGGAACAGUGGCGAAGAUAAAUCGAAACCCGCCUUGCCUCGGAGACUACGACCAGGAUCUGCAUACCUUUUAUGCGUUGGCUGCCUCGAGUACGAGCUGUGGUAGUUCCGGGUCGCCGGUGUUGAACAUAGCUGGGGAAGCGAUUGCGUUGAACACUGCGGCAGCGAACACCGGAUCGGGAAGCUACUACUUGCCUUUGGGGAAAGUAGUGGAAGUUUUUAAGUAUUUGAUAAAGCUCUACGAUCACGAGACGUGCCGCGUCAAAAGCAUUAACAGUCAGAACCUUGGAAUUGAGAAUAAAAGCAAUCCAGACGAAGAUCAUGAAACAAGCGAUAAGCCCUGGCACCGCAAACCCAUCGCAGAGCUGCUUAGUGAUGCACCACCGAAGCGCGGUACCUUGGACUGCAUUUUUAAUUGGGAGGCUAUCGAAGAAGCUGCGAUCAAUUGCGGGCUGGAUCGAGCGGUGAAUCUCACCGCUGGGAAUCUCACUGCAGCCGCCUUCCGUCCCGCGGAUGAUCGUGCUCCGAUCCCUAAAAAUCGCGAUUAUAAGGCCGGUGGUAAUUUUUUUGUAAGUGGCGCGUCGUCCUCGUCCUCCGGGUCCGCAACUACGACAGGUGCUACGGAUCAUUCUGGUGCAGCAGCCAGCCCGAGCGCCGAGCUGCCGGCAGUAAUGGAGCCCUCGAGAGCAACGCCGAUGGGGUCGUUUUUUAGCCCUGGUGGCGCAGCAGGAGCAGCGCACGCGGGGGUCUUAGUGGUUGAGGAGGUGCUGCCCAAGUCGCCGGCGUCUGAUUUACUGCAGGCAGGUGAUGCGCUUGUCGAGCUGGACGGCAUCAACAUGGUUGAUCAAGGCCUAGACGCCUUUCAAGUUCUUGAAAGUAUCCUUGACGCCAAGGUGGGGACGGCUGUCGAAAUGGCUGUGUGCCGGUCGGGGCGUCUGGUCAACGUGACCCUGCCGGUAGAAGACUUGUUUUCGCGCUGCAUUCCGAGUGUUCUCUUGGAGUUCGGACUCGGUUGCUUUCACGACGUGGCGCAGGCAGUCGCAUUCCGACACCACAUCGCCCAGAAAGGCGUGUAUGUGGCAAAGCCCGGGCAUCUUUUCGCACAGCUGUUUGACGCGGAAACGGGUGGCAUCAUUCGUGAAAUUAACGGAAUUGCAUGCGACACGGUGGAUCAGUUCGAGCACCGGAUGGCGAACAUUCCUGACGGGGACCGAUUUCUUGUGUCCUACAUAACUUUUGAUUCGGGGGGUACCAGGAACUUUCGUGAGCUAGUGUGUGGACCUAUGUCACGCCAGUGGCAGCAGCCAGUCGUCUGGGAGCGACAGGGUCACACGGGGGGAUCUAAUUGGGUGUGCCGCGAUGCACUCGGCACGUCUGCUCCUACUGAGCGAGACCAUCAUGUUGCGCCGAAUCGAAGCGCAGCGGUUGAAGCGAGUGGCGCCGUCGUCAAACGUGGUCGAUCGCCGCUUGUCUCGUCCAAAGUUGGACCUAAACCUCCUCUCCGUAAUGGAGCAUUGCAGUGUCGUAACCGGAAGCGUCUACCAGCGGUUCCUCUUCGAGAUGCAGAAGAUGCCAGCGACUCCGAGGACUCGGGGAGUGACAUUGACGGGGAAGGAAGAGGACUCGGGUCGCUCUGCAGCACGGACGGAAGCAACUACUGUGCUGGCAAGGUCAACAAUGUCUCGUCCCCCUCUGGAAUCGACGCGCAGCGGCAGAUCGAUGAAAGUGAUGCGCGCAUCCUGCGCGACGCAUUUCGAGACACUCUUGCUGUGGUGGAAUGGAAGAUUCCACCUGAGAUGGCGGUCGGGCACACGGAAUUUGCGUGCGCACACCGGCGCGGCAUCGGCAUAGCUGUUCCUCCAGGAAACGUGUUUCUUUGCCCUCGAACAGUUGUUCCGCAGGCCAUUGCGUCCGUUACGGUUCAGCUGCUAGCACCCGAGGGUGCACAGCACUCGUCCCAUUCCAAGAAACAAUUGUUCGAAGCCGUCGUCGAUUUCGUUCAUCCGACGCAGAAUUUUAGUCUGGUCCGUAUUUUACCCCCGGGCGCCAGCAGAACAAUCUCUGGAGGCGAGCCGUCGCUUUCAAUCGCUGACAAGCGCAAGCUGUACGGCUCGGACGCGAAAUGCAGUGAGAGCACAGAGUGUGAUGUCCUCGCGUGGAAUCGAAAUACUCUUACCGAUCACGCGAAUCAAAAGGGUGCAGGCAAGGAAGUGAAGAUGAUGCCACCGCUCCGGCCGGCGGCGUUCCAGUCAGAAGAAUGGAAUGCCAGCUCCGAGAUGUCGAAAAACGUGCGAAAGUACCUGAAUCUAGACUCCCCACCUGAGGGUAGCACAGGUGCUUGCCUUGCAUUCGCGCCUGCUUCUGCUGGCUCUAUCAGAAGUUCUGAUAGCGCGACAAAAAACGCCGUCGCCGGCAAGGCAGGUUCAUCUGCAGGAAGCCUCGUCGCUGAUGGCAGCAAACUCAAGGCUGCGGACGGGAUCCAGGGAGAGGAUGCGGUUCUGGUUACAGUAACGGAUGACCUGCAGAUCGUACCCACGCGGAAUUUUGAAUUUCUGUGCUCACAGCCGACGGUUUUAGAAAAUGUAUGGACACAUCCUCCCCGCUGGCGUGCGCGAAAUACUCUUGUCACACCACUCGAUUGUGGACAGGAUUUUCUUGGAGGAGUCGUCGUCUCGUUGUCUCAAUUUCGUGCUGCAGCGGAGGAGGUCCACAGUUUGCGACAGCACAGCGGCGCACGCAAGGCAUCACCAGAGGGCCACAAGAUGAACCACAAAAGUAUGAAAGCCAGCAGAAAUAAGCAUGACGUCAGCAGGUCGAAAAAACGAAAGCUGGAUGUUGAUACCAUCGUCGAUGGAGAAAAACAAGGCGAAAGCAAAGCACUGACAAAUGAUACCCUGCUCAGGAACAAUACAACAGGUAGCGUCUCCGGAAACUACAAGUUGCGAAUGUUUAACGAUCGUGCAGGAACCGCCCAGGGCAGCAGCCUUUCAAGCGAUGAACUUCUGUGGAACUUUACGGAAGCGCUGCCACUCGUGAGCGCUGUAGUUUUUCCGUUUCCGUAUGUUAGUAGCGAGACAGCAGAAGGACCCGUGGAGCACGCGGACAUGGAGGAAAACGAGGACGGUGAGCAAAGCCGUACCGCUUCAGGUUUGGCCAGUAACGGGUUUCCAGACACCGUCGGUGUGGAUUAUCUGGCCAUUCCAGUCAAGCAAUUCAUUGGAUGGAUCUCUUCUCCCGAUGAAAAAUACGAACAACUCGGUACACCUGAGCGUGAUCGCAUUUGCGGACUUCAUGGUGGAGCGUGUGACGUUAGCGGCAGCAACAGCAUGACUCCGCAGUGCGAGCGGGCCCGCGAAUGGCCGGACGCCGCCCCCCGCGGACCGUCACUAGCCCGGAACAGCUCAGACUCGAGUGACAGCAGGGCAUCGUCGGGAUCAUCGACUAAACCACAUUUGGCGAUGAAAUCGAGCCUGCCCGAGCCGGCUUCGCGCGACUGCAUUCCUGCGAGGGCCCGCGUCGGGGAGACUAACGAAAAACUCUUGCGAAGUGCUGACUCAGAAGUGGUGGCAAGAGCAUUAGCCUCGUCUUCGUCACGCCCGUGCAUCCGGAGUGGCGGACUCGGCGUCGAUCGGCCUGCAGCGUCGAAAUGUAUGGCCUUGGGUGAGUCUCCUUCGUCGCGCGCCCCGGAUCUGCAGCCGAGGGACGGCAGUAGUGCUGCCUCCUCAACAGCUGCGCACGAACUUUUGUCGUAUAAUUCACGACAUCUUCGCUUACUGCCGUAUGCAACACGGUAUUGCGUCCCUGUGCUUGAUGUGGAGCUGUGCGCUUUCGAAGCAGCCACGCUUGAAGAUUGGCCAGAGAAGCUUCGUCCCCCGGCAUCAUUCUUCAGCCGACACAAGGCGUCUAGCGCACUGAAAGUAUGUUCGGGAGCAUCUCGGGCAGAAAAUUCGGAUGCGGCCGAGUACCCGCAGACCGGCGAUAUCAUGGUGAAGUUACAGAGUCGGAAUUUCCGCAGUGUCAUCGACCUGGAGAACGCGCUCUGGAGUACGAAGAAGAAGACGUUGACUGAGACGGGACUUCGGGCGGAUGUCUACCGCAAAGGCGUGCUCCGCAGAGUACUACUACAGCCAGAGUUUCGUAAGUCCGAUGGCGCGGAGCGCAUGGUCAUUUUUCACGGUUUGGUAGUGGUGGAGUCACUAUCAAAUGUAAAAAUGUCUGGGUCUGGAAGAGUGCAUGUUUGUCAUGCUUGUCUGGCAUGACUCUUAAAUCUGUCAUGCACGUUGCCCAAGAUCCGCAUUUUUCUGUCAUGCGGAGACGCAAUUUGUCAUGCAGAAUAGGCAACACUUACAAGCUCAGAAAUUUGUCAUGCUGAGCCAGCACUCGUGGCCUCCUCAUGCUACGCCACUCGGCAUCACAAGUUUCCAGACCCAGACAUUUUUGCAUUUGAUAGUCACCGUUCUAUGUUCCCCGCGUUUCAUUUGGCAAACCAAAUCCAGGCCUGUACGUCGUCCGGACAAAGCCGGGCACGCCAGCCAGUGCAAGCCUUGGACAUGUGGGCGACCUAUUCGUGAUCCAGGUAGAUGGCGUGCCGGUGAACACUUUAGCGGAGUUGCAGCAAUUGGCACGGAAUACAACAGGAAAAAAGUGUUUUUUGCUCUGAAGUCGUGACGCAAACAAGGAUGCGCCACAGAUCAUGAGUUUGGCUUGUCAGAAAAAAUUUUUAAAAAAGUGCUGCCUUUAGCGUUAGUUUAGACGGUUUUUGGAUGGCAAUCGAACGGAAAGACAGGAAGCACAAGCGUACAAGAGGACUAGGCGGGAGUCAUCUCUUUGAUGCAUAUGGAUAUGCCGCACAACUGUCACAGUGAGCCACACUUUUCUCGUCCCAUAUAUGAUGACGGAAAUGCCCAGGUGAACGUGAAGCAGAAGGUCGUUCGUGCGUUGUUGCGGGAUAUCAAUCGCAAAUAUGGCAUGUCUGGGUUGAGUUGAGUUGCAGAUUCACUUUGUGUCAUGGUAAGUUUGCAUUGCAUGCAGGGACGAUUGAAGCAGCCGAAAGAUCAACAUACACAUUGAAACUUGAACGCUGCCAAUGCGUGCGGCAACUGAAUAGAAGUGCAUGGACAGUGGCCCGAGGCGGGCUCUCUAGCACGACAAAUCAGCAGAUUUUCCAGUUCUGUUUUUUCGUUUCUCUACCUUAGUGCGAGCCCUUUUGCGUUUCUCCGCCGCAGUGCGAGCCCGCCGUAGACCUAUGCUUUCCAUCUUUCACUAGGUCGGAAAGAAGUUUUGACAUCAUGCCACUGCAUUUGGUCACCACGGAAACUUUGGUAGUUGAAGUACCUGCUGUUGCAUGGAUUGCUGUUCAUGGUGCUUGCGUCAAGCGAGUGUAGCAUUGCAUCAAAAGCAGACCCAGAAGUCGUAUUUUCAAUGUAUGGAACACCUGGAUGGACGGCAGCGGCUAGCUAUAAUGUGGAUCAUAUCAAUGCGAAAUCAAUCUUCCUUCCCUCCCUUUUAGUGAAGAAGUCUGUACCAGAACAUCGAUCUGUCUGUGCCAGAAUUUUUGCAUGAGUUUUCACUUGACGCAUAAACAGGAGGUCGUGCACGGCAGACGAGUUUACGUUGUUAUGUGAUGCCAGUUACUGGCGCCGGAAGGCACGCCUAUAAUGCUGGAGAGCUGCUGAUGAUAUUGUCAUUGCUCCUUUACAAAAUAAAAGGAACCAAGGAGAGGCAACGCAAGUUUCCUGAAAGGCAAAGGGGGGACGAGAUGGAUUUCAACUGGAUGGACUGAUCCCGUGUUCUGGCCCUGUCAGGAGUACUCGGUGAACCGGGAUACGGGGGGCCCAAAAAUCACUCUUUGGUGAGUAGUGCGUGGCCCGUAAUGUGUCUUCAACUCAUGGCAGUCGCCUUUGAUGUAAGUGUAACGGCAACCCUACGAGUAUGCUAUGAAUAAUUUUUUAGGCUACUGCUCGUAGUGUACAAGCUUAUCCUCUUUCUCGCGUACGACUCAUACUCACCAAGUACCUGCUAGAUUGAUGGAAGGUCAAAGAGCACCAGCGAGCAUCUCCGCGAUAAUCGGAGAAGGUGAACGUGAUACGGAUAGAUCUUUGUCUCGACUCGAUUCAAGUAAUUCCAAAGAUUCUGUUUCGUUUUUUUUUGCUCGAUGAAACGCGUUUUCUAUUGGUUUGUUUUCCUCAGCCGUGGCGUGGGCCUCAGUGUCACCAAAAAGGGAAGCCGACUACGCAGUGCUCGCGGUGCCGUGUGUCGGUUUGCCAUAGGUUGUUAUGAAAUCGCGUCAGCAAAAGCAACGCGCCUUGUUCUCUGGAGAGUCAUAAGCCUCUCCAGACAUAAGAACAUAAGCCUAGCCGCACUAGCGGCAAGCCUCACGCGCACCAUCAGAAGUGCAGUAUUGGCCGUUCUUUGCGGUGUCUCACCAUCAGAAGUGCGAGCUGCGAGGAGCGGGGCGCACCGCCUGAAGUUCUAAAAGUCAACUUAACCCUAUGGACAGAUGGAUAGAGGGCAAAUAAUACUAAAAAAAUGCCUUGUUUGCAUCCGCACUGCAGGAAGGCAGAUGGUAUGAAUGAUAUUGCGUGACGAAGUUCGUCGAUAUCUCCUUUCAAUUUUGUAGUUUUGAAGUACAUUAGCUACGUCCGGUCCCACGGCGUAUACGGUUUAAUCUACGAAUCUUUCCGCUGCUGAAGCGGGC